AUGCGCAGGCUCCUGCUGCCUGUGCUGUUCGCGUCGUGCUGCGUUGCUUUGUCUGGGUCUCCUCGCCUCGAACGCCGUGCUUCUCCUCGUCCCGUCUUUGCGCACGUCGGCAAGUCGAGCUUCAUUCAAGUCAUCUGGCUGAUACUCACGGCUUCCACAUCUGCAGUCCAGGGCAAUUUCCAGAACUACGGCGAGGACGACUAUGCCGCCGACUUCAAGCUCGCCAAAGAGGCUGGCAUCGAUGCCUUCGCCUUGAACGUCGGCCACGAUUCUACAGACCCCGCUCAACUCGCCAAGGCGUUCUCCGCCGCCAAAUCCAGCUCCUUCAAGCUCUUCUUCUCCUUCGACAUGAACUACUUUUCCAAGCCGGCUUCGAGCGAUACAAUACUCUCAGACUACCUCGGCAAAUACGGCGGGAACGACGCGCAUCUCUUGUACAACGGAAAGGUCUUUGUCUCGACUUUCUCGGGCGAAGUGCCAGGAACGUUUCUCGACGGAGCAGGCAGCUUCACAGAGUCGAAUGCGAAGUGGACGGAUCUGCUGGCAAAGGCGAAGAGCGCGAUCGGCAAGGACAUCCAGUGCGCUGCCGACGCUCACGAUAGCUUCGUGCCCGACUGGAACGACGUCAAUCUGGUCGCUCAGAACAAGUGGGGCGGAGGGGUGAUGAGCUGGGCAGCUUGGGGAGACAAGGGUCGAACGACGGCCAUGACGACUGCAUCAGAUCAAGCCUAUAUCGCCGCCGCUUCGAAAGCAAAUCUCGCCUAUCUCGCGCCCGUCGCCGCCUUCUUCUUUGUGCAUGUGGCAGCUGGGAACAAUUACGUACUGAAUUCGAAUGAUUUCUUGCUUCCCAAACACUAUGCCGACUUGAUUGCCCUCAAUCCCGGCCCGGCCUACGUCGAGCUUCUCUCAUGGAACGACUUCGGCGAGUCGCACUACCUCGGGCCCGUUCGAGCGAGCGCAGGCGUACCGAGCGGCGCAACAGCUUACGCCGACACCAAGCACGACCACCUCCCCAUGCUCUGGCUCUCCGCCUACUACAACAUCUGGUUCAAGUCUGGCUCACCCCCGCCCAUCUCGACUGAAUGCCUUGUAUGGUGGUACAGGCCACAUCCUGCCAAAGUGAGCGCUACCAGCGAUCCGCUGAGUGCGCCUCAGUACGCCGAGACGCUCGACGACAAGGUCUUCGCGGCGAUCUUCGUCCCGCAAGGCUCGAAAGCGAGGAAGGUGGUCAUCAAUGCGGGGGGACAGGCGCAGUCGCAAGACGUCAAGGAAGGCGUCAAUCUCGUCUCGGUCACCUUCCAAGUGGGCAAGACCAGAAUUUCUCUUGUCGACAGCUCAAACAAGGAGCUUCUCUCCGGAUCAGGCGCCGACAUCGUCGCAACGCCGAGUAGUUUCGACUUCAACUUUCGCAGCUACAUCUUCCCCAAAGACGCAACAGCUUCAUGCGACAUGCUUCGGUUCCGGCGCCGUCGCCGGUACCGCCACGGGUGCGCCGCCGUCCUCAGGCAUUGCGACGAGCGCUAUGUCGUCAAAGAUGAGCUCGGCACCUGCGAGCGGCUCCACCCGCUCCUGACUUCCGCCGCUCCGUCCGACGACAGCUCGACCUCAAGUUUGCCAUCAACCUCGUUUGGCGUGCCCGCCUACGGCUGGAUCGUCGCAGGUGUUAUCAUCCUCGUCCUCCUGCUCCUCAUCGUCUUUGCCGCGACACGCUCAAAGCCGGCCGAGCGUGCGCGGAGCGGACAGACCAUGGACGAGUCCGACGGCGGGGACGGGGACGGGACCUCUGACAGCGAUUCGAGCGAUUCGGAGGAUGGGCUGAUCUCGCGGCGGCGAAACAGCUGA